GCCGUUGUAAAGUUGCCUGACCGGAUCAGAGUUUAACACGAUUAUUCGGAGGAUGAGAUGGCAGAGUUGGCCGAUCUCGCCGUCUCCCUGUCCUUCCUGCUGGGGAUUGUAGUUUUUAGCGAAGUGGCGAGGAGAACGGCUUUAUAUCUAUUCCCAAAUAGAAACUGGAUCAUCUAUGCGCUGGAGUCGAUCUCCACUUUUCAGCUGUGCGCAUGCACGCACGAGUUAAAGCUGCUCGCGGAGGUGGGCGGACUGGAGCCGCGGAUCUCGCUGACGCUCACGUUCCUCAUCUCGGUGGUCUACGGACUUUCAUUCCGCGGCGCGAUCUGUAACCCGACCGGCGCUCUGGAGCAGCUCUACCUCGGGACUCUGACGCGGCGAUGCGCGCUGACGCGGAUCUCAUGCCAGCUGAUCGCGGCGGAGGUGGCGCGGCGCGUCAUGCCUCACGCGUGGGCGCUGGCGCUCUCUGACCUGCACGAGCAGCACUCGCUGACGGGCUUUACAUGCACGAACAGCCCCGUUAACGCGCCUCUGCUGCAGGCCGCCGCGGUGGAGCUGGGCUGCGCGUUUGUGAUGCACACUGCGGGGUUUACCGUGGAGAAGGUGGAGGAGAAAUACCGCGUUCCUGCGAUAGCUGCUGUCAUCACCACAUUAGUCUAUGCAGGUGGUCAUCUGACUGGCGCUGUGUUUAACCCGGCACUGGCGUUCUCAAUACAGUUCCCCUGUCCUGGGAACAGUUUUGCGGAGUACAGUUUUGUGUACUGGAUUGGACCAAUACUGGGUAUGACAGGCUCUCUGCUGCUUUUUCACGAAGUGAUCCCUGCUAUUUCAGGGAAAAGCACAAUUUCAAAGCACUUAAACUCUAAUGGACUCGAGAUGAAAAAGAUGAAGUGAAUUAAGGCCUUAUGAUAGACUGUGAUUGCAUAUGUGAUUAUAUACUGUGAAUAUACACUGUAACUCUUCUGCUCAUCUCCAAGUAAUAACCAGGGUUUGUGGAGGUUUUAAAAGGUCUUAAAUCGCCCUUCUCAAGGCCUAAAAAGGUCUUAAAUCCAUAACAUUGGAAAAAUGAAUAUCUUCCUCAGUAUUUUGUCUUGUAUUUCUAAUACAAAUAUUUAAACAUCCUUAAAUCAAGAUAUACUUAGUUGAUAUGCAAACUGAACAUAUGAAGUUUGAUUAAAACAAGAACAAACAUCUGUCAAUGGGGAAUGAAAACUUUUACAUUUGAAUUAAGUUGAUUUGUCUAAGCCUACUAGCAUAUAUUUGUUCGUUUUAAUCAUAAACUUUUGAUCAAUUUCUCAGAAAACAACUUUAGUUAUUUUGCUUCUCUAAUAAGUGUAUCUUGAUUUGAAAAUCUUUAGACAUUUGCACUAAUGCAAGACAUUUACAUUUAGAGACCAUAUGCAGUUUAUUCCUUUAUUUUUUUUCUUUAAAGUAUUACAUUUUAUCUUCAUAAAACCUGCAGAAACUCUGAAUGACGAAACUGAAGGGUCCUUAAUGUUUUUCUUUUUUAGAAGGUUUUUGGUGAAAUUUCAAAAUAUCUUAAAUGUCUUUUUUAAUAAGAACAUGCGUAUUCAUGAAGCACAAUGAAUCUGUAAUGGGCAAAUAGCUGCGGGUUUACAGCAACAUUCAUAAAAAGCACAUGGCCUGUAUGCCGAGAAUCAACUGUAAAUGAGUUCAACUUUUUUAUGUGUUAAAUCAUAUUUUAGCAGAUGGACAUUCCUGGAAUAAGAGAUCUGAAGUGUUCUAUCGCUGUUAGAAUACUAUUUUGUGUUACAUUCUACUAGCGAUGGUUCUUACCUAGUAAUAGGUAAAUGUUAUAGUAGUACUAGUAAUCUUUAGCACAGUUUUGCAGUGCCUUUGGAUUAUUCUGGGUAAAAUAACCUGGGAAGACCACACCGGAUUGAGUGCCGCGUCUACAAGCCAAUGCAGAAUGUAUAAUAUGGGAUAAUAACACACUCCUGUGUUACGAGGAUUUAAAUAAAGCAGUGAUAAAAUCUGUUUGUAAUUAAACAUUACAUAAAAGCA